CAAGAGAAAUAGAUCUUUUUCUCUUCAAAAUGAAAAUGGACUUGGAGAUCAGUGAGCCAAUAGACUUUAGUUCGGGAGAUCAACAUCUGAUUCGGAAAGCAGCAGAUAAAAGGGCCCAAUCUCAAUCUGGCCAGCCCCCCAAAUCUACACCUUCACCUGGGGUCCAGGAAGCCCAAGGGAGUCCACACCCCAAGGCUACUGAUCGCGCACAUACCUAUGUGGUACAAAUUUCAGAUGAGCCAACCCCAGCUGACAGCAGUACAGUCACAACCACCGCAUUCUCAGACGAUGCUGUCCGCAGAGCUUUCAUUGUGAAAGUGUUCCUUCUCCUGUCAGCCCAGUUGUUGGUCACUGCGACAAUUAUCAGCAUGUUUAUUUUCUGGAAAGGUUUAAAAACAUGGGUACGUUCAAACCCCUGGUUCACCUAUGCACUCUUCCCAGCAUUUUUUGUUGUACUAAUUAUACUUGCCUGCUGUGGGAAUCUCCGCCGUCAGGUGCCUGCAAAUUACAUUCUCCUGGGAUUCUUUACACUUCUUCAAGGUCUGCUGCUUGGAACCAUAUCAGUUUUCUAUAAUGCGGAGGAAGUGUUGUGGGCCACAGCAGCAACCACUCUGGUGACAUUAGCACUCACUAUAUUUGCUCUACAAACAAAAUGGGAUUUUACCUUGCUAAACGGAAUGCUGUUCGUUUUCCUCUUCGUACUUGUAAUCUAUGGAAUUCUCUUAAUCUUCAUUCGAUCAUAUUGGCUGCACGUGCUGUAUGCUGGACUCGGAACCGUGCUCUUCUCCAUGUACCUGGUGAUGGAUGUGCAGCUCAUGGUGGGAGGGCGUCAUCACCACUCUGACCUGGACCCGGAAGAAUACGUUUUUGCUGCCCUGAACAUCUACUUGGACAUCAUCAACCUCUUCCUUUUUAUUUUGCAACUGAUUGGACUGGGACGGUAG